AGGCCCUCCCAGCCAGCUCGCAGACAAUGAACUUCCAGGUGGCAGGCCUGGGCCUGGACAAGAUGAAGCUGGAUAGUCCACAGCCCUUCCUGGACACAGAGGAGGGAGAAGAGGUGGAGGAUCAGCAACUGCUGGAGCCAGAGGCUUGGAGCACCUACACGGAGCGCCGCAACACCCUGCGAGAGUUCCUGGCCUCAGACCUGAGUCCCCACCUGCUCAGGCGCCACCAUGCCCGCAUGCAGCUGCUUAAGAAGUGCUCCUACUAUAUCGAGAUCCUCCCCAAGCACCUGGCUCUGGGCGACCAGAACUCCCUGGUGCUGCCCAACACCAUGUUUCAACUCAUUGACCCUUGGAAGUUCCAGCGCAUGAAGAAGGUGGGCACUGCACAGACCAAGAUCCAGCUCCUGCUGCUUGGGGAUCUGCUGGAGCAGCUGGACCGGGGUCGCCUAGAGCUGGACUCCCUGCUCGAGUCGCCGGACCCACGGCCUUUCCUGGCUGGCUGGGGGCUCGUGGAGCAGCGCCUGGCAGACCUGUCAGCCGUCAUGGACAACUUCCUGGCCAUGAUGGUGCCGGGCCGCCUGCAUAUCAAGCACCGGCUGGUGUCUGACAUUGGGGCCACCAAAAUCCCACAUAUUAGGCUCAUGCUGAGCACCAAGAUGCCGGUCAUGUUUGACCGGAAGGAGUCGGUGGCUCACUGGGACUGGGUCAGCCUACGCUGGUUUGUCACCAUCCAGCCAGCAGUGCAGGAACAGUUUGAGCUGCGCUUCAAGCUGUUGGAGCCGCGGACACAGCAGGAAUGCAUGCAGUGUGGUGUCAUCCCUGUAGCAGCCUGCACCUUUGAAGUCCACAACCUGCUGCCCAAUCACACCUACAAGUUCACUGUCAAGAGGGCGGAGAGCUACACACUGGUGUACGAGCCCUGGCGGGACAGCCUCACACUGCAGACCACUCCGGGGCCCCCUGAGGGGCUCACCCCCAGUCAGCUGGGCAAGCCCAGCCUGCCCCUGCCUGCACCUACUGAGAGAUGAUUUUCUAAUAUUUACCCACUAAUAAAGAG